UAUUUUUUUGAUAAUUUGUCUCCAAUUUUUUUUUAUUUUUUUUAAGUGAAAAGCUGCUGGCUGGGGUUUAAGAGAUUGGGGUUACGUGUGUUACCUUCUAUUUUCCACCUUUGAAACACGUGUCUAUGUUAUGUUUUCCACUACUUAGAUACUUAAUUGAGAAGCACCACAUGAACAGUUCUCUAUUCUUAUUGGUUGAUUUUUUUUUAGUUUUUUCUAUUUUUUUGAUAAUUUGUCUCCAAUUUUUUUUUAUUUUUUUUAAGUGAAAAGCUGCUGGCUGGGGUUUAAGAGAUUGGGGUUACGUGUGUUACCUUCUAUUUUCCACCUUUGGAACACGUGUCUAUGUUAUGUUUUCCACUGCUUAGAUACGUGUCCUUAAGAAGGAUGCUCCGUUUUCAUCGAAAAUCUAUUUUUUUAUUUGCUCUGCAAGCCGGCUCCUCUUCCUUACGACGAACCAUCGUCUCCCAACUUAUCGACUCCCGAUCUCAUUCCUCCUCUCGGUGAAGAACGCUUCCGAAAUAAGGUUUGCCUUAGGGGAAUGGGCUUGACGUUGCUGUUCAUCGUAAUCGUCUGCAUGGAAUAGACAAUUCCAAAUCAAAGGUUCGUUUGCCCCAGUUGGAAACCGGAAUUACUAAACAUUAGGGUAUAAAUAUUAUUUCUGCAAUCAAACAUAGAGCAUGGAUCGAAGGAACCCACCCUAAUGCUUUUCAUUCCUAUCAAAUUCUAUAUGCUAGAAACCAUCUUCACGAGCUACCUGUUGCUUUUGUUACAUUUAGGUCACGUUGGGAUACUGCCCUUCAUUUGUGGAAAGUGAGAUCGUUCCUUCUGCAAUUUGCAUAAUAGGUACUCCAUGAUUUCUUAGUUUACACCAAACUGCAAAAAUCAAAUGGAGUGGGCUAUAAUCUACACUAAACGGCAAAAAUCAAAGGGAGUGAGCUAUAAGAACGACUAGUGUAAAUUUUUAUAAUGACAUUGACCAUAAAGAAGUUAGGAAUUAAACCUGUGAAUUUUUUUUUUUUAAAUCAAAAGACCAUUUAGGAAUUUAGUCUUCAAUUAACUUAUCUUGAAGUAUUUAUUUAUUUAUUUAUUGUAUAAAUCAGAGGACUGUUUAUGUAAUUUAGUCUUCAAUUAACUUAUCUUGUUUAAUAUUGUUUUUUGUAUUAUAUGAUAUCAAACAAUCAACUAACCUAAUAAAGUCGGUUAACAACAUGAUCUUGAUCUAAACUGCACCUUCGACGUAAAUUGACGGACCCAUCACUACAAAUAUUGAAUCACGCGCGAAUCCUCCCCUCUCUCUGUCGCUGCCGGAGCAAGACUCGCCACCAUCGCCUCCGUUAAGACGAAGCAAUUGAUCUGUUUAACUAUUCCUCCUAAAAAGUUUAGAUUAUCAAUGACCGAUUGAUUUGUUCCAUCACGUCAAUGGCGAGUCGUUGGAAUUCUAGGGUUUCGAUUAUUUUUCUUUUCUGUUUUCCAGAACUCUUAUUGUCAGCAGUUGUUACACUCGAUUCUCUUGAAAUAUACACAACCCAUGAAUGGCUAACAUCAACACCCACAGUCUACUUCAAAUGUAAUGAGGAGAAGAAGACACUUCUUCCAGAUGUGAAGAAAGCACACGCAGUGUAUCAUUUUAAAGGUGAAGAAUCUUUCCAGCCUCUCACGAAUUUCACAAGUAAAAAAUGCAAGAGAUGUGGGUUCUAUGAAAAGGAUCGUAUCAAAUUCGAUGAUGUGUUUGAUGAGUGGGAAUUCUGUCCUUCUGAUUUUACAUCCCCUAAUGGUAUAUACAUUCACUCCAAAGACAAGGAAUUCAAUGCCACAUUCUUGUGUGAUGAAUGCGUGAAAAGAGGUGCAGUUGAUAACUUAGAUGGUGAUUCGCAUCAUCAUAAUGAAGGACAUGGGGUGCAAUGGUAUAUAGUGAUUAUAGUUGUGAGUAUUGUGGGUUCAAUUUUAUUGAUGAUGGGAGUAUUUGUGGCAUAUAAGUAUUGGUUGAAGAGGAAAAGACAGCAAGACCAAGCCAGGUUUUUGAAACUGUUUGAAGAAGAAGAUGAUAUAGAAGAUGAUUUAGGUCUUGGUCCUCUUAGUGAUUCAAUCUGAAAAAUGUUUGAUUUACCUUUACGUGUAUAUGAAAGAAAGAAAACAGUUGAGAGCAUUUUUGUACUGAAAGAGUGGUUAUAUGGAUGGUAUUAUGAUGUGAUAAUAGUAGUUUCUUUAUACUGCAA